UGGAGGCAGGCGGCGGCAGAGGGCCAGUGAGAGAGAGAGGGUGCCUGGGUGCCAGAGUGCCAGACCUGGCCGGGGGUGUGGGAAGAGGCGGUGCCAGGCAGGAGUGCUGGCACCGUCUCAACGCUCAGUGACUACCAACACUGUGUGGAGAUUCUACACCCGCUCCAUGCGUCUCUACACCCCGGCCAAGGUACCAACCCCCACCACACUCUCUACAACAUCAGCGUCACCCGAGGAAGAGGGUGGUGAAGGGGUGCUGGACGCUUCGCUCAACAACCAGAACAACUACGACUCUCGAGCCGUCGACCUCACACGACGAGCCAUUGAGAAAGACUCCCGCUUCGACGACAAAUUACACCUGAACUCCCCGCGCGGUGACGACAAGACACAGCUGCACUUAACACGACUCGAUGACACGCUGCACUUCAACGGUCCCCUGCGGGAGGAGCGGCACCUCGGCACCCAGAUAAAUGGCAUCCCCACAACUCAAAAUGGCGCGAGAACUCUGGAUUUUAGUCCAUCGCCACUGGAGAACGGCACCGACACAAUCACUUCACUGGAAAGUGUUCCCUGGAACAUUGAAGGCACCGACACUAUCAAAGAAAAUGGAUGUAAAUCUUUGUUGAGUAAAUGGUCUCUCACGUCGGAAGAAAACGGGCAGGACACGGCAGAGCUCUCGGAGGAGGCGGAACUCAAGCAACUUAGAGAAGAAAAUAAGAAAUUAAAAGCUGCACUAAAGGAGGCAGCCGAGGUGAACGGCCAGUGGCGCAACUACCACGACCAACGCCAGAAGUACGUCCAGCGUCUACUAACUACCAUCCAGGAACUACACCACCCUCACCAAUCCGCCCACUCCGCUAUACAGGUGGAGGGUGAGACUGGUCCGGAGGCCGAGGUGCGACGUCUGAGGGCUGCCUUCACCAAGCUCCAGGCAGACCAUGACGAACAUGUCACUCUCCUGGAGAUGCAGGUUCGCGCUCACAGAGACGACUGGGAGGCGGAGCGGAGCGAGAAGCAGGCCACGCAGACCGCCUUGGCUGAGGCGCAGGCCAGGACGGCUCUUCUGCUCCACGAACUCCAGCUGCUGCAAGCCAAGUUAGCGGACAGUGAGAGCAAGAGAUCCCUGUGCUGGCGGUGUAUGCUGCCACAGGGAGGUGAAGCCAGUGGUGGUGGUGGACGAGCCGCCACCACCACUACCACCACCGCCCCAUCACCACCACCACCGACCACAACUACCAGCACCACCAGCCACAGCGCCCAGCCCUCUCCAGUUCCCGCCCCGUCGGCCCCGUCGCCAGCCCCACCACCCCCGCCCACCACCCACCACGUCCCCCAGACUCCGCUGAAGGGAUGGAUCCCCGUGUCCAUGUUGCACCACAUCGCCUUCAGUGGCGCCACCCCGGAGCACCAGUCGCCUGUAGUACAGGGCCAACAGCGCUCCCAGCAGCAGCAGCAGCAGCAGCCCUCCCGCGCCCCUCUUCACCAUCAUCACCACCACCAGCAGCAGCAGCAGACGGGAAGCACUGUACUGAGGCCCCGACCCACCAGUCUCAGCACCAGCAACAAUGUCAGAAGAGAGAUGGAGCAGACAGCGGGGGCUGAGCCUUCUACCAGCAGUAACACCGAGAGUAAGGCGCUCAGUCCCCGCGUGACGCAUGCUCACGACACCAAGAACCUCCUCGUUGGAACGACAGACGACAAGAAAAAAUAUGAAGCCAUGGGUGCCCGACCCAAGGUGUUGGGCAACCUUCAGACAGGGGUAGGCAAAGGCCUCGGGCUGUUGGAGGACGAGAAGACGGCAAAACACCGAGCGCGUUCCAUCCUGGCCAGCGCCAUACCCGUUUCCCCAGUGUCAAGCGGCCCUUCCACGCCCUUAGGCACAUGCAUCAAAACCCCGUCCAUACCCAGCAUGCCCAAAGGAUACAUGCCCAUCACCUCCACAGUCCUCACCCCCAUCAACUUUCGGCCACCCUUUGUGGCCCACAAGCGGCCCUCAACCAUGAAGCAAGUUGCUCAGGCAGCCCAGGUCUCCGCGACGCCUAGCAGCUCGUCAACCUCUGCUAAAGGACACAAUGGGUCUUCACCGGGCUCCCUAUGUGGGGACACGACCACAACCAGCAGUGGCUGUCACUCCACACCUUCCAUAACUAAGAAUACCACAGUCAGUAACACAACCAACACGGCUCCUGUCACAGUCAGUGAAGAGACUCAUAACAAGAUAAUAUCCAGUCAGAUAAAUGAUAGGAUUAAGUCUCCCGACGCAGCAAGCCAAGAAAACAAAGUAACAACGGAGAGUGUUCGAAAACACGAGACACAGAGCAGUACAGGUGUAACAGGACGCAGAAGAACAGACGACCCCACAUCUAAUAGCGUAAGAAGCCAGUCUUCAGACGGCGUAGUCACCAGAAUGUCUUGUUCGAGUCCCACCACGACCUUCACUUGUACAAGUCCAUCAAACAUCACAUCGCUCUCUUGUUCAAACGUGACUAACGCGACCACGACGGUGUGUUGCUCCAGCCCGACCACCCACACCACCUCCUCCUCCUCAUCUUUACCCAGCAUCAGUGCUGCUGGGGUCAACACUGAGGCUGUUUCUGGAGCACCCGGCCACACCUCCGUCAAGGGUAUCCAACCUUCCAGCGCCAUGACAGCCUUCCAGUCAUCAUCUCCGUCCACUGGUGAGACUCCAAAAUCCAAUUCCAACACAGUGUCAUCUCACACAGCCGCCGGCGACACUGUAUCACAGUCUCACAACGUGUCUGCUCACGACACAACUAGAAACACAAAUAAUGGUACUAUAUCAAUCAUCUCUCCAAACUCCUGCAGCACUACGCUACCUUCACAGACCACCACCACAGACACCACAGCCACCAAGUCCUCCAACACUACCAACAACUCCACAGCCUUCGCUUCCAUCACUGUCACCACCACAGCCACGGGCACCAACGUCCCUCCAACAGCUUCUACAUACUCUUCGGCAACGUCAUCCCGCUCCUCGUCGCCCGGAAUAUCCCUCACCACAUUUGGCCUCAACUCUGAAGGACGAGGCAUUCCUGGAGCUAUAUUUUUCGCUCUGGGCUCAGACCAGAGGGGCGGCCGCAGUCCCCAACCGUGCACCUCUCCGCGCAGGACCUCUAAUGCCUCGGUGGGCGUCAAGAGUCCCACGCCAGACGCUGUGACUAGUGGCCAGCCACAGCGAGACACGUUGCCUCCUUCAGGAGUCAAGAGUCCCACGAUAGUAUUGAAUAGCAGCUCCGGGCCAGCAACCGUAAAGGAGGAGCACUGGUGGUCGGUCGAGAGUCCAGAUCGCCAAGGAAGUCAAGGAAAAGUGGUCAACUCCACCUGGGUGAGGCUCAUGGGAGGCCAGGCAAACAGUCGGCAGGACUCGGGUCUGCCGUGGCGCACCGCCCGGGCCGUGUCGGGUCAGCAACUAAAGAAAGCACGGCGAAUCUCUCAAGACGAUGCCAACGGCCCUAUAUCACCCAAUAGCGUGUCGUCGUCGACGGCAACUUUCACAUAUACCCCAGCCGUCAAUUCUCCCCCAUCGUCGACACUGUCGUCCGCCACCAACUCUGCCGCCUCCUCACCGCCGCCCUCAUUUAACCCGCGGUCAAACGACGACCUCAAGUCAAUGGCCUCAAAGAACAUCGCCUCUGCCAUCAUAAGUUACGAGUUAGGAAGCAAGUGUGAGAGUCCUGGAAGCGGCUCUGGUGCGCCCGUUGGCUCAGGGAGCAGCCCCGAUGGCGUGGCCACGCUUACCCGCCGCCAGCUUGUCUGCCCCUCCUGCCAGAUGCUAUUCCCGCCAGAUAAACAUAUUAAUUUCCUCGACCACUUCGAGACAUGCCACGGCCCCGAGUACGCCGAUCUUUGAGAAUGUUAGCUUCGUGUAAACAUGGCAGCUCCUGGACAUAUGAAAUGUGAAAUGAGUGGCAGGUUUGCAUACAAUACAACGCCUAUAAGUAAUGGGUGGCAGCCCUGCCCACAUUACAAUUACCUAGGUAAUGGAUGCAGCCCUGCCCACACUACAGAACGUAGGUAAUGGGUAGAACCAUGCCCUCACUGCAAUUCGUAAGCAAUGGGUAGACCCCUGCCCAUGCUACAACAUCUAGGUAAUAGGUACAAACCUGCCCCACACUACAAUACGUAAACAAUGGGUAGACCCCUGCCCACACUACAAGAAAGGACGCAUAAGACCUCCAUGUCCUCCAAGAACUUACAGUAGGGCGACUGACAUUGACCGCUGGACAUUGAAAGUGCCUUAGAAGUCUUCAUUGUGAUAAUGUAUACAUGUAUGUGAGUAUUAGGAGCGGUGAUAGUGGCCAGCCAAACCUACAGCCGCCUGAUACACACUGCCCAUUGCAUCAUUCUUACACUUUGAUUGAAGAAAGCUGGACAGCUUUCUUAAACAUAUCACCUGAUGCUUUUAUGACCUUGAAUUAUUGUGUAACUUAAGUUAUCAUUGGCUCUCCUGACACCCUGCAUCACUCACACUUCAACUGUCACUCAACAACCAAUUAAACGCGUGCCUUAGCUCACAACCGUGUAACUCAUCCUCUCAAAGCCUAUUAAGAUAAAUAACGGCUCACAAACAUUAACGUAUUCUAUCCACCGGACUCGAUAGGUUAGGUGGGUUGCUGGGGUUGGUAGUGUCCAGUUAAUCUAGAAGGUAGGAUUUGUUGACGGAGUGAGCAACAGGGAUGAGCAUCUCCACUACCAGCUACACGCGUGUAUGGGUUGCACCUCAGUCAUCUGUAUCAACUUCAUUUCUCUAUAACUUCAUACUUCCAUACGUCAUAGGAACCUGUCUUUGCUAUAGCUCAUGAAACUGUUAAGUUAAAAUAUGUUUUCUAUUCUUUUCUUUUAACCUUCAACAGUCAGUUCACUCAGUUCGCUGUUUACUCAGAGACUACAUCAACGCCCACUCCCACACCAACACUACAUCAACGCCCACUCCCACACCAACACUACAUCAACGCCCACUCCCACACCAACACUACAUCAACGCCCACUCCCACACCAUCAACGCCCACUCCCACACCAACACCCCAUCAACACCCACUCCCACACCAACACCCCAUCAACGCCCACUCCCACAUCAACGCCCACUCCCACACCAACACCCAGACGUGUAAACAUGGCAGUAGGAUUUAUACUACUAUAUUUAUAUACUGUUUUAAAUAGUCUAAUUAAAUAUCCGGCUGGAGGAUUAUCCACAUUACGAAACCACAAAAUGGAGUAAAUUUUAUGUCUACAGAACUUAUAAGUGCUUCGAUUGUAUUAAAAAAAUAUAUUUCUCCAUUCCAGUAAUUUCGUUAUUUCAAAAACUUGAAAUAAGUUUGGUUUUAUAGAGUUCGCAAUUGUCAAGGAACAUUUGAACCAUCUUGGUAAUAACUGCAUAACAUACAUGAAUUUUGAACCAUUGCCACAUAACUGGGUUGUAAAUUCUCUGAGUAAGAAAGCGUAACUUAGUACGCGAGUUUAAGUACGUUUAGUGAGACAAUAAAAAUACAUCUCAAAGGGAUAGAGUAGCAUAGGCUAUUUCUACUUUGCUAUUUUCUACCUAUUUCAUAUACCUUCGCGAUAUAUGCCUCGCUAUAGAAGGGAUAUCGAUCUAUAAUAAUAAAUAAUAAUAAUAAUAACUGACGUAUCUAUAAUGUCGAUACGUAUGAUCGCUAUGACAACUUUUGUCAAUAAUGAGGGCGGUCAGCCACUUGGUAAUGGUGAGAAUUAACCAUUGCUACACUGCUGUAUGAGGUCGAGAACCGCUGGCAGGAUGAUUCACCCUACUGUAUUAUAAUUCACCGUAGUUUAUCAUCAUUCACCCUACUGUAUUAUUAUUCACCCCUAUUGUAUCACCAUUCACCGUUACUGUAACAUCCUUCUCAAUCACUCUAGUCUUCAACUUCUAACCUUGAACCGAAUCUUACUGGUUUAGCAUAACCUUGCCUACCCUAUCUACAGCCUGGAAUACUGUAAGGGGUGUCGUUAGGGCCUGUGCUCACUAGGCCAUGGUUCCUUUCUUCAUAGGUCGUGCCUCUUAUCUCCGGAAGCAGUCCUGUGACAAUCUUCUGGAGUGGUUUCUUUUAUGUGCUUUGCUAUGUGUGUGUAUGUGUGUGUGUGUGUGUGUGUGUGUGUUACAAUGAAUGGUUUACAAAGAGCAGAGCGUGAAGUGAAUGGUGUAUAUAGUAUCUGUUAAUAGUACCUUAAAAAAUCGUCGGUCAUAUAUGCAUAUCAGUGGUUAGUAAUGUGCUUGUCUGUCGCCCCUGACUCGUAGCCCCUAUAUGACAGUGUUAUCAAAGCCCUCGUCUAUGUAUUUGAAUACAUUUAUGAAUUACCUUAUAUAUAAUGUAUAUAUAUUUAUGUGUAUGUAUAUAUAUAUAUAUGUGUGUUGGCUAUAUGUAUAUAUAUAUACAUAUAUAUUUAUAUAACUUAUAUCUAAUAUAUAAAUAUAUAUAUUAAACUAAA